AUGAAGCAAGCUGACAAUACCGCCACAUUAGCGUCAUAUAAAUCACCAUCAGAAAUGGGAAUGAAGAGACAAAGUGAGCGAACAACAGGGACAGUCCUAUCAGAGGUGACACUAAAUAUUGGGAGUGCACAGGAUUAUGGAAACUUCUCUGUCAGAAAAAGUAAUGUUCAAGAUAUAGGGGAUACUAUGGAAAGAGGCAACGUGAUUAGCAGUAGAUCGGAAAAGCCAGAUGAAUUGGAAAAUUUAAGUGAAGUAAGGGGAAAAUCGCAAGUUGAAGUACGUGAAACGCAUGCGGAUCGAAGUAACUCACGUAACGUUACGCCGAUACAGGAAGAAAGAACGAGUAUGAAAGAGUAUUGCCGGGAUGAAAGUCGGGAUUUAUCGGGAGAAGCGAAGAAAGCGGUCGACGUAAAUCGUUCAUUGUCAAAAAUAGGAAGGAAAAGAAUUUUUGAAACAGAUGGUAAAUUUGCAUAA